AUGAGUAGAUCAAGGCAUUCGCAAGGUCCCCAAUGGGCCGGCGACCGCGUCUCUCGGCGUGGUCUGUUGACGGCGUUUCGGCUUGUUCUUCUUGCGUUCGCCUUGUUUGCCCCCCUCCGUUCUUCUCUUUCAGCACCGAUUUCCGGAGAGACUGCAGGCAGCAGCCAAAUGAGUAUCGACCUGACGCCAUCGCUGAUUUCAGAGCUAAACGGCACCCUAACUACCCUCUGGCCGCAGCUUGUGCGCAAAGGAGAGGCGGUGGAGCUAUCGGAGGUCAAAGCAGCGGAGCUCGUGGACGCAGCCCUUAGCAGAUUGCGCGCCUCUGGAAGAACAGUACCCAGGAGCUUGCGUACCCUGACGAUGUGGCACUUGACAUCGUGUUUUUCUCUCGAUGGCGGGGCGCUUCGAGGCAUCAACGGUAUGUUUGGCGCAGCAAGCAAAAUCCUGUGUCCCAACGGGAGCACAUUUUCCUGCGUGCUGGCAGCUCUUGGAAUUCCUGCCUCGGUCGAAGAACAAAACGAAACACAACAACUCGAAGCUUCCGUCUUAGCUGCGGCGUUUCGGCAUAUUGGGCAUGAUGCGGCUGCAAAUGCGGCAUCAUCGAGGGGCACUGGCUUGGGCCCAGAAGCAGUGCGACAGCUUGCAGUGGAGGAGACAAGAAUUUCAUCAACGGACCCAGAAACUCAAGCCCUUUUUGUUGAGGGUGCUCGCUCUCAACUGGACUUGCAGAAAGGCUUCCGAGGCCUUCAGUGGGUGCGCUUCGGCCGGUUCCACAGACUUUCAUCAGCUUUCAGCCUUGCGCAACGGUUGUUCUACAAACCUGACGAAGCCGAAAGCUCUUCAGAAGGCGCGGGAGAGACCCCCAUGCAAGGAUCUAUGGGGGAGGUAGUGGAACUUGUUUUCUGCGUGGCUAGAAAUGCUUGCCUUGGAAUUAAUGAACCAGGGUUCCAGCGCACGGUGGACAAAUGCAUUGGGUUGGUUGGCAAAAGCAAGAAAUUAUCGCCUUUGGAUCUUUUUUUCCGAAGCACCACUACGAGAAAGCAAAGCAGCCUCGCAGCUCAAGUCUUUGGAACCGCGAUUUUAGUCCUCCACUCAGUCGAAACCGCCAGACUCGGCGCUUCUGAAGGAGCCGACACCCAGGGUGUGCUGCAGCAGAGCGUUCCUCUUUCUCCUUUACAGCAAGCAGUAGCUAAUUCUGUUGCAACCUGUUCAACCGAAGUGAUGAAUUCACUCGAAAGCCACUUGCAAGCUCUUGGAGGCCUCGAAGCAAUAAGCGUUAAUCCAGUACUGUUCGCCUCCAUCGCUAUCGAGAACGCUCCGUUGCUCUUCGCGUUAAACGGUGUUCCACAACCAGAGUCCCUUUCAUCGGAAUUACUGCUGCAGCAGCACGUGCACGCAUUAGCUUAUUUCGUAGAGAAGCCCGACAUACUGCCUGAAGGACCACAACUUUCAGACGCUUUGCAAGAGUUCACCUCAUCAGCUUCAAAGCUGUCUGAAACACUUCGAGCAGCUGCUGCUGUCGCUAAUGGAGCCUUAGAUCUCAGCGCUCCGAGCAGCCCUACUACCAUUCGGCUGCUCGAUGCCUUGCAAAACUUCGAAAGGCAGAUCGAUGAUAACCUACUCCCGGUUGGGAUGUCCUUCCUUGAAGACGGAGAUUUUUCCUUGUAUGGACCUGCGAUUCAUGAACGAAUAGUAUCUACAACGGAAGAGACAUGCUCCGCCACUCCACCCGCAGGAGACAGGAGCGCCUUCAAAUCAUUUGUAAUCAUGCAAAGGCUUGAGGGACAUUUAGAACAAAUUACUGGGAACGAAACCUUGCAGCGAGUGUAUAUGGGUACCGCCAAUAAAACAGGGCUUUCUGCUCGGGCAGUUGAAUCCACCUUCGUAAGAACGCAAGCACGCCAACUCUUUAUCUUUAUACAAUCGUUGCUAGACAAUCCGUCAGAAGAGAUCCAAAAACGCUUCAGCACAACCGAAGGGCUGCAAGCCUAUAUCACAGAAUAUUUAGCAGGAAAAGUAGGACCGCGGGAGCAACCACUCGAAGAAGCCGGGUUUGGAGCAACCAAGUACUCGGGUGAAACUAUCGCCUUGGCAAAUGCAGUCCUCAAAGAAUUACAGAGGACCUUUGCAAAGCUCAUAGCUUCCAGCGCUUCCUUUCAAAAGGCACAGCGGACGGCGGGAAUGAGCGUCAGGAGAUGGAUCAGAGAAGAAUUCUCUGACUUUCGCGGGGAGAUACAUGCCUCAUAUCUCAUCGAUGCAGCGUACGGAUGUCUACAACAAUGCACGGGACCCCUGCUUGCGGACAAGCGAUUGCAAACCCAGUGCACAGGUUCACAGGGGGGCCCACAGCCACUGGGAAAAUGUGCUGAUCCUGCUGAACAGUUUCAACGGAUAGUGAGUAAGGAGUUGUGGGAACGAUUUUUGGUAGAUUGGCUUAAGCAGGGUAAGGCCGCCACUGCCUGCUCAGAGCUUGUGGAGCUCGAGGAAGAGGACAGUCAAGCAUGGCAACGUCAGGUUUAUCUCAUGGUCUCCCAUCUUGAUACGAUUGGUUGUGGUAAAGAUCAUCGUGGAUUUGACUCCUUUGGACGCUACUCUAUCAAGUUGGAGAUGAUUCAGCACCUGUACGACAUGUUUGCCAGUACCGCACAAAGACCGACGCUGGAAAAUUUUAUCAACUGGCUGGUCAAGCUACGGGAGCCUCUACCACAGGACCUUCAGACGCCCACAGCUUUAGCCCUUCAAUACGCUGGCGGGCAUCCGCAGACUCAAGUGCGCGUGAGUAAAGCUUUCAACAUGGCAGUAAAAGGGGACCCAUUUUAUUCACAGUGCAAGGCUGAAGACACGAAGAUUAUCUCGGAGUUAAUUGGUUCACUUGGCAGCGUUUUUUAUACAUUGGAAGCUUUCGAGGACUUCAUCAAGGAGCGACGUUCUCAGGAAGAAACUGUCACUCGGCAAGUGACUGCGCCACUGGCUGCCAAGGCUAGGCCAAUUCUCAACCAACUAAUGGUGACGUAUUCUUCAACAGGAAACUCAUACCCAGAAGCAAUAAUACGUUAUCCAUCGUAUUUCUCAUCUUCUGCUGCUGCUGCCAUCCCCCAGCUCGGGAUGGAAGCAAUGAGGGUUCUCGUCUACAUGAACGACGUUCUUGGAAACCUCUCAGCUGCUCAGUUUUCCGUUCCUGAGAGACUCGAGCACUUCUUCGAGGCAGUUUUUGCCACCAAAGCCUGGACGGUAGAAUCUCUGCAGACCUGCGACCGCACGUGCUCUCUGAGGUCUGAAGGGGAAGCUGGGGUCUUCAUUACUUUAAGUGGCGGCAGAGUCAUACCAAUACCUGCUGAGCGCAUAUCUAUCAAGAAGGUUCACAAGAAAAUUGACGUAGUCAAAACAGAGAACAAGAAUGCUGAAGAACCGGAAGAAAUGAUCACAGUUAUUCCGCCGAAGCCGGAAGUAUCUCCAAAGCUGGAAAAGUCGGAAGAUGCCUGUAUGCAAGUUGUACGUCUCUACGAGAAGUAUAUUGAGGGCUCCGCAAUCAAGGACGUUCUCACGCUCUACGAAUCCGCGAUGAAAGUGCCGUUGUUUGCGUCAACGCGGUCAGAACUUGGAUUGAAAGAAGAUGAAACUUCACUGCAAAAGUUUCGCCUAACCUUAUGUGUGAUGUGUGCCAAGGAAAUUGAAGGCGGCACACCUUUGGCUUCUCCAACACGUCAUCAUAAAAUGUGCUCCCAAAUCACGGCAGCGCUUGCGGCGAUCUUCAGCUCAGCUUCUCGCGCUGGGGGAAAACGGGUGCCUCCCAGUACAAUGGCUGGGGGUUUAAGGAACUGGCUGGCUCAGGAAGGAGGGCUGCGUGCUUGGGCCGAAGCAGCACACAAAAAGCUCAAAUCCGACAAAUCUGUUGCGGCCUUGUGUGCUGCUCUCCGUUACGCUGAGUACAUGCGGCAAAUCACCAAGCCUGGAAUAGCAUUUGACCGGAUGCUGUCCCACUGGAAUCUUACGUUCCCUUUAAAUAGUCUUUCGCUCGUGAACGCGCUGCGCUCUGCAUCUAAUCCGAAGCAGAAACUAACGCAGGAACUCUGCGUGGUGACACCUCCAGGACAAGAGGUUCAACAACUGCCGAGGCGGUUCGAUGCGGCCCAGUGGGCGGCCCUGAUGCUGCAGACGGGCCAGGAGGGCGCAGCAUCCGCAGCUGGUAUGUGA